AUGUCCGAGUCUUCGGGGUACAGAGCAGACAGUUCAGGAGAUGUGGAAGAGAAGAAGAAGGCACCGGUCAAGCGAGAUGCGUUCGCGGAACUGAUGUCCUCGAAAACCAAGCAGCGCAAAUCCACGGACACAACCACUACCACCACCACAUCCAAACGAAGAGCCCCGGGAGGUCCUCGCGAUGGACUCGGCCCCUACAUCGCCAACCCAUCCUCCUACCCCUCGCACAUCGUCGUCUACCACAACGACGAGUUCGUUGUGAUCCGCGACCUCUUCCCGAAGGCGACCCUGCAUCUGCUCCUCCUGCCGCGCGACGCGACCAAGACCCGCCUGCACCCGAUCGACGCCUUCGACGACGCGGAGUUCCUGAACAAGGUGCGGGCGGAAGCGGAGCGGCUGCGCGCGCUGGCCGCGGGCGAGCUGCGCCGGCUCCACGGGCAGUUCUCGAUGCAGGAUAGGGAGCGUCGGGCGGCGCUGGAGGUCGAGCCGCCCCCGGAGCAGCUGCCGCGCGGGCGCGACUGGGCGCAGGAGCUCAUGUGCGGCGUCCAUGCGCAUCCGUCCAUGAACCAUCUACACGUUCAUCUUAUCUCCGUGGACCGGUACAGUGAUCGGUUGAAGCAUCGGAAGCAUUACAAUAGUUUCUCUACGCCGUUCUUCGUCCCGCUCGGUGACUUCCCGCUGGCGGAGAAUGAUCCCCGCCGGCGGCCGGAUGAGCAGGGCUAUCUGCGGCGGGACUUUGUCUGUUGGCGCUGUGGGAGGAACUUCGGAAAUAGGUUCUCGGAGCUGAAAGCUCAUCUCGCGGAGGAGUUUGAGGCAUGGAGACGAUUAUGA